UCACGAGAUACUCCCGAUUGGCUGAAUCUGUACCUGUGCGGGGCAGGUAUGGAAAUGUACACCGACACCCUCUCGCACUCAUUCGUUGGGAUGACAUUUCCAGAUGCGGCCGACAGUAAGUACUUUGACGAAUAUUUCAGUCUCCUCUUCACUCGGCUUGGGCUUUUGCUGCUCGCAAUUGAGCUGAAAGAUGAGGAGAACCGUGAGUGCAACAUCGCUAUUAAUCCUGGCCCAUCGUGUGUGAUCCAACCUCAGACUCAAGGAUUCUUUAUUGCUCAAAGCGCGGACGAAGUAAAACGGUCAGCUUUUCAGUUUCUUGAAUCAACAUAA